GCCGCGCUUGCAACUCCGGCCAGCUCGACCGGAGCCGAAGCCAAGCAACUCCGGCACGAGCAAGAGUCCCCGUACGGCGUGCGCUCUACUACCAUACCAUGGCGCGAUUCCUCGUUAUCGUGGCCACCGCCGUGCUACUGUCUGCGGCGGGCGCGACGGGCCAGCAGAAGGGCUGCGGGAACGCGACGUUCCCGGCCGGCCGGUCGUUCGAGCGGUGCAACACCCUGCCCGUGCUCGGGGCCAGCCUGCACUGGACGUACCACGCGGCGAACGGCACCGCCGAGCUCGCCUUCCGCGCGACGUCGGGCAGCGCCAGGUGGGUCGCCUGGGGCAUCAACCCCAGCGGCGCCGGCAUGGCCGGCAGCAACGUGUUCGUCGCCUCGCAGGGCGGCAGCGGCGCCGUGUCUGUGCUCACCACCAUCCUGAGGUCCACGGCCCCGGCCCUGGACAACACCACCCUCCAGUUCGACGUGCCGGUGCCGCCCACCGCGGAGUACGCGGCCGGCGCGUACACGAUCUACGCGACGGUGGCGCUGCCGGGGAACUCCACGCAGCAGAACACGGUGUGGCAGGCGGGGCCGCUCAGCGGCGGGGACAUAUUGCCGCACCCGACGUCCGGGCCCAACUUGCAGAGCCUUAUGCAACUGGACUUUCUCUCCGGCUAGAGCACCCUCCGCGCCGAGGCCGAGAGGUCUCCGCGCCACGCCGCACAGUCACGAUGCGUAUGGGUUAUACUACUACGUAAUUAUUCGUUUUUAGGUACUAUGUGAUAAUUCCUCCGUUUUAAAAUAGAUGACUCAACUUUAUACUAAUUUUAUACUAAAGUUAAUACAAAAUUGAGUCAUCUAUUUUAAAACGAAGGAAGUAUUAUUUAGUGUCAUCGUCAUCAUCAUCGUAUAUACUAUAAAUAAAUAAAUGACACGACAUAUUUCUCGUGAUUCCUGUUAUUACACUUCGUCGUAUAUAUCAAUAAAGUACGUCCUAGCAAUGUAUAUAUGCAGCCACCCAUUUUUUUAAGGGGCAGCCACCCAAUCUUAGGGACAUGGCUCCGGUUACAAAUAUG